AUAAUUUGUUAGUAAGAAGAAAAUGUGGCAAGAUAACGAAGUUCGAUUUGAUAUUUCUUACAAUCAUAUGCAACUAAGAUUGGGAGAAUUUAAUGUUGAUAAACUCGAUUUAAUAGAAGAUACAAAAGGAAAUGCAGGUGAUAAUGGAAGAUUGAUAGUGACCAAUCUCAGAAUUAUAUGGCACUCUUUGCUUCAUCCUAAAAUCAAUUUAAGUAUUGGCUACAACACCUUUGUAACAAUAAAUACUAAAAUUAUACAUAGUUUACAAGGAAGACAUAUGCAAGCUCUAUAUAUUUUAGCUUCUUUUCGAAAUUGUAGAUACGAAUUUUUAUUCACAAAUCGAGAUUUAAAAAGUACACGACAUUACACUUCCGUUAUUGGUGUUUACAGAGCAUAUAUUUCAUCUAAGAUUUAUCGAGAAAUUAAAUUAAGAAGUGGAAUAAUUAAUGAUAAACAAUUGACUUUAUUACCACAAGAAAUAGUUCAUUCAACACUGCAAGAUAUCUGGAAUUUAUCAUUAGAACAGGGGAAUAUUGGAACUUUUAUCGUAACAAAUAUACGUUUAGUAUGGUUCGCUGAUAUUAAUUGUCAAUUUAACAUAUCAAUUCCUUAUCUUAUAAUAGCAAACAUUAUCAUUAAAAAUUCAAAGUUUGGUCCAACUUUAGUUAUUAAUAGUACUGAAUCCAGUGGAGGAUAUAUAUUAGGAUUUCAAGUUAAUCCCGCUCAAAAACUUCAUAUUGUUUAUAAAGAAAUUUUAAUGUUAUGGAAAGCAUUUGAAAAAUUUCCUAUUUUUGGUAUUGAUUAUACUUUUGAACACCAGGCUCCAUUACAACAAUCAAAUAUGGAACAAUAUACUGAAAUACAAGACAAUCAAAUUGAAAUUUCGAAUAUAUUUGGUUACUACUUUUCUGAAGGAUCAAAUCAAAGGAAGCCAAGUUUUUCAAUUUAUUUAGGUCUUGCAGCAGAAGAACCUCGAGAAGCCAGUACACUGCAAAAUCUAUGGGAACUCGUGCCACAAACUUAAUUAAUACUAUUGAUAUAUUUUAAAUGCUACAAAAAUAUCAUUUUUUUAUAUAAAAUUUAAAAAAAGAUUAAUACUAAUAUAUUUUAUAUAUUUGCAUUCUAUUUAAGAAUUUCAAUCAAAAAUCAUAUA